CAUCUCUCUUUCUCUGAUUUCAUUUAGGAAAUAACAUUAGCGAUUUUCAGUACACAAAGAAGAAAGAGAACCAACAUGAAUACCUUACCGAACCAACCUUCGCCUGGUGGGUUUAACAAGGAAAAACUACAAAGUCUUGUUCAGCGCGUUCGAUACCUUCAGUCUCAAGGUGCUAAAGAAGACAACAAUCCAGAAUAUGCUCAGAUCAUGCAAUUCUUGAAGAAUCUACAAAGACAACAACAACAACAACAACAACAACAACAAGGACGUCCAGAUCAAUCUACAGAUACACCUUCUACGUUUACGCAAGGUCAAUUGGCUGCCUUGAAAUAUCAAAUCUUGGCUUAUAAGCUUAUUUCAAAGAAUUUGGCAUUACCUGCUCAUAUUCAACAAGCGGUCUUAUCUCCUAGUUCAGCACUGGCUCUUGAAAAUGCCACACCCACACCACCGCCACCAGCAACCGCACAAUCUACACCUGUUGUGUCUACAGAGAAAGACACAAAGAAGAUGAAUUACAAUGCGUAUGCUUCUCCUUUUGAUCUAUUCAAGAAGCCCAUCACUUCAUUCUCACAUGCUUCACGCCAACAACGACUCUUGAUCCCUAGUAUUACGCCUUCUGGUGUGGAUCCAUACGCUUUGAUUUCAGAACGUGAGCGACGUGUACUAGGACGUAUUCAGUACCGUAUUUCAGAAUUAGAAAAAUUACCAAGUAAUUUACAAGACACCACACAUGCCUUGGAAAACAAUAUUCGUCAAAACAGCAGCAUGAAGCUCAAAGCUGUAGUAGAACUCAAAGCAUUACGAUUGUUAAACAAGCAAAGACAAUUAAGGGAAGAAAUCAUGGCUGGCAUGAAACGGUCAACGACCUUGGCUACUUCAGCAGAUCGACUUGCUUAUCGUCGUAUGAAGAAACAAUCGUUACGUGAAGCUCGUAUGACAGAAAAGAUGGAACGACAACAACGUACAGAUCGUGAACACCGUGAAAAGCAAAAGCACCUAGAUUACCUUCAGACCAUUUGUGAUCAUGGUCGUAAUUUGACUGGGUUCCAAGCUAAUUACAGAGCUAAGCAGAACAAGCUGGGCAGAGCUGUAUUGCAGUACCACCAACACAUUGAAAAAGAAGAACAAAAGCGUGCUGAACGUAUCUCUAAAGAGCGUAUUCGUGCCUUGAAGAAUGACGAUGAAGAAGCCUAUCUCAAAUUGAUUGAUGAAGCCAAGGAUACGCGUCUGACUCAGCUAUUGAAACAGACAGGCUCUUUCUUGGAUAGUCUGACAAAGGCUGUUGUAGAUCAACAACAAGACCAUAAGAUGGACAAGUCAUUUAACAUAAACAAUGAUGAUGAGGACGAUGAUGAUCUGACAGCCAAUGAUCCUGAUGCCAAAUACGAUUAUUUCCAAGUCACACACCGUAUCAAGGAAGAAGUAAGACAACCAGAGAUCCUUGUGGGUGGUCGAUUGAAAGACUAUCAAAUCAAAGGUCUUCAAUGGAUGGUCUCUCUUUACAACAAUCACUUGAAUGGUAUCUUGGCUGAUGAAAUGGGUCUCGGAAAGACCAUUCAGACCAUCAGUUUGAUUACUUAUCUGAUUGAAAAAAAGAGACAAAAUGGGCCAUUCCUUAUUAUUGUGCCACUCUCUACCUUGACCAAUUGGACACUUGAAUUCGAGAAAUGGGCUCCUGCUGUCAAGACCAUUGUCUAUAAGGGUCCACCCAAUGUCCGUAGAGAACUUCAGAAUGAAAUUCGCUAUCAUGAUUUCCAAGUGGUCUUGACUACUUUUGAAUACAUUAUCAAGGAUAGACCUGUGCUUAGUAAAGUCAAAUGGUUGCAUAUGAUUGUAGAUGAAGGUCAUCGUAUGAAGAACACAAAUUCCAAAUUGACGAUUGUUCUUCGACAAUACUAUCAUACACGCUAUCGAUUGAUCUUGACAGGCACACCUCUUCAGAACAAUCUGCCUGAACUAUGGGCCUUACUUAACUUUAUUCUUCCCAAGAUCUUCAAGAGUGUCAAGAGUUUUGAAGAAUGGUUUAAUACGCCCUUUAAUAACCAAGGUGUGGCUGAUAAGAUUGGCUUAAAUGAAGAAGAACAAUUGUUGAUCAUCAAGCGUCUUCAUAAAGUAUUGCGACCCUUCUUACUCAGACGUCUUAAGCGUGAUGUUGAAUCUGAAUUACCAGACAAGGUAGAACGUGUGAUUAAAUGCAAACUGUCUCCUCUUCAAGUCCAUCUGUACUCUCAAAUGAAGCGCAAUGGUACACUCUAUACUUCAGAUGCUAUCAAGGGUAAAUCCAGUCUCAAGGGUCUGAAUAACACUAUCAUGCAACUCCGUAAGAUCUGUAACCAUCCCUUUGUGUUUGAAGAAGUGGAAUCUGUCAUUAAUCCCAGUGGUAUGUCGAAUGAUUUACUGUACCGUACUUCAGGCAAAUUUGAAUUAUUGGACCGUAUGUUACCCAAACUACAGCAAACUGGCCACCGUGUAUUGAUCUUUUUCCAAAUGACACAAGUGAUGAGUAUCAUGGAAGACUUCUUAAGCUACAAAGGAUUCAGUUAUCUACGUCUGGAUGGUUCAACAAAAGCAGAUGAUCGUUCUGAACUGUUGCGGUUGUUUAAUGCACCUGAUUCGCCUUACUUUGUCUUUUUGCUGAGUACCAGAGCAGGUGGUCUGGGUUUGAAUUUACAGACAGCCGAUACAGUCAUCAUCUUUGACUCGGAUUGGAAUCCUCAUCAAGAUCUUCAGGCACAAGACCGUGCUCACCGUAUUGGUCAAACAAAAGAAGUCCGUAUUUUCCGUUACAAACUGGACAUUGAUGGCAAAGUCAUUCAGGCUGGUAAAUUCGAUAAUCGAUCUACUGAAGAAGACCGUGAAGCCUUUUUGCGUUCCCUGUUGGAAGACAAAGCAGAUGAAGACAAUGACGGCUAUGAUGAAGAGAUUGAUGAUGAAGAACUGAAUGAAAUGUUGCAGCGUAGUGAGACUGAUCUGGAAGUAUUCCAUCGUAUUGAUGAUGAGCGUGAAGAACAAGACAGACGUAACUGGCAAAUGCAAGGUCGCCGUGGUAAACCUGACCGAUUAAUACAAGAUUCUGAAUUACCAGACAUCUAUUUGAAUGAUGAUCCUCUGCCUGAGACUGAAGAAGAUCCCUUGUCAUUUGGUCGAGGUCAAAGAGCAAAGGAAUCAGUGCGAUAUGAUGAUGGCCUAACAGAAGAACAAUGGUUAAAUGCAUUAGAAGAUGAUAAUGUAGAUUUAGAUGAAGUGAUUGCUAGAAAAGAAAGAAGAAGACAGAAACGUAUGGAUGACUCUGAUUCAGGUGAAGAGUCUAAGCGUAGAAGAAGAGAAGACAGUUUAGAUCAUACUAAAAAGAGAGGUAGACCUAAAAAGGGAGAACCAGAGUCUAAACGCAAACGAGGCAAGCAGAAUGAUGCUGAUCUCAAUAAACCAGACACAGUGGCACCCCAAGUAAGAGAAGCCAUGUCAAGAGUAUUCAAAGAGUGUUACAAAGCAGUAGAAGAAGCAGUAGAAGAAGAUGAAGAGACAUACCGCAGUCGAAGUGAACUCUUUAUGGAUCUGGUCAGUAAACGUGAUUAUCCAUUGUACUACACUAUGAUUAAGACUCCGAUAUCCAUGAACAUCAUCAAGAAGCGUAUCAACUCAACUUACUAUAGAACCAUUGCUCACUUUAGAGAUGAUUUCCAUUUGAUGUUCAAUAAUGCAAGAAUAUUCAAUGAAGAAGGCUCAUUUGUGUAUGAAGAUGCAAAUGAAAUGCAAGUAAGUAACACACAUAUAUACGACUAUUUCUAG